GAAAUAGCGCGCGUAUAACAAACUUCAAGGUCAUCCUUCAAGACAAGCACUACAGAUGAGUAAUGUGUUGACUCGUGGCCGCCUUUCACAUUCAUUUUCGAACUCUGACCAAGAUGCUUUCGAAAAUGCAAUUAUUCGAGUUGGCACAGAUUUUCAAGCUGACCUUCCGCUUUUCAAUGGUGAACCACCUCCAAGCGUUUUGAAUCAACCAGAUCGGGGAGUUGCUUUAUGGCUUCCAAUACCUGUUAGUUUCCAUAAUCAGUUAGAGGAAUUCUUGAAUACAGCUACUGAAAAAUAUGGUUAUUCAGAAGAACAAGCUCUUGCUUUACUUACAUGGCAUAAAACUGAUUUUGAUCAUGCAUUAUCAGAUUUAUGCAAUUUUAGUCCAAUCAAAUAUGAAUGGACAAUACCUGAACGAAGAAUAUUUUUUAUAUCUGUUGAUUAUUAUAAUAAACAAUUUCAUCAAAUAAAAAAACUUGUAAGUAUCUAUUUAAUUUAUAAACAUAAUUAAAGGAGAUUUUUAUCUACAUUAAUCAGUAAUAUAUUUGUUAAUAUUUUAAUAAAUCAUAAAAUGUCACAAAUGGAUUGAUAAUAAUUCCAAUAGUUGAAAUCAUGAGUAAAUUGAAGCUAGACCACCAUGGAAAACCUGGAAGCACUGGAAGGCCGUUUUGUCCUAGUACGAGACUCCUCAGCGGUGCGCAUCCACGAUUCUGCCCCCCCCGCGAGACUCGAACCCAGGACCUAUCAGUCUCGCGCCACGCGCUUAACCAACUAGACCACUGAGCCGGCCGUCAUCCAGCGCUGUUAAUGUCUAAAUCUAACCAAUCUAAGAAGUUACGUCGCCAUACACCAUUGUCUUCAGCGAGUUGAUAUCUCAACAAACCUGGUUGAACUCCACUGGUCGCGGUUUCUCACUAGAACUCCAAGAAAUGCCUCUUGAAGUCAGUCUCUAUUGAGCAGGUGAUUAUUAUGAGAAGGGGUUUUGUGGAGAUUUUAGAUAUUAACACCGUUGGAUGCCGGCUCAGUGGUUUAGUUGGUUAAGCGCCUGGUGCGAGACUGAUAGGUCCUGGGUUCGAAUCUCGCGGAGGGUGGGAUCGUGGAUGCGCAUUGCUAAGGAGUGCCAUACUAGGACGAAACGGUUUUCCAUGGUGGUCUAACUUCAACUGACUCAUGAUUUCAACUAUUGAAAUUACUAAAAUCCCCACAAAAUCCCUUCUGAUAAUAAUUCGUCUUUAUUGAUUAUAUCGAAUCUGAAUUGGUAGGAGUCAUGGUUUAUUUAUUGAAGUAAACAAGUAUAAUUAGACAAAAUUAUGUAGUAUAAGGAAGAACUUGAAACAAGCGCGAUAAAUUUUCAGCUGGCCUUCGUAAAUGAUUGGUUUAUGGAGUAGAAAAUAACAAUAUCACAAAGUAUAAACAGGUUCUAUGUACUGAAUGAAUUUAUGAAGUUUUCUACAAGUUAAUCUACCUGUAAAUCGGUAAAGCAACGACAUAAAAAAUUCGUCCUUGUGGUUAUAGAUUAUCUGUCCUCCCAAAUCUUUAGGAUUAAGAUUCUCAUCAAGAACUGAUGUGUAUGAUACAGAAUUUGUUUACACUCAUCUGAUUAAAUGAAUUUUGCUAAAACAAUGUCAGACACUCUAUCUAAUUAAUUUGCGCACAAAAUAUAGUCCCACCAAGUUAACGUCUACUUUAAAAUUGAGGGUUCAAGAUUGUGAUUUAAGCAUAAUGUUGGUUUACCUAUUAUAUACAAUCGACAGAGACUGAAUUGAGUGUUUGGUACAUCUGACACUAUCAUUUUUACUCUGCGAUAGAAACGUGUAGUUUUUUUGCAAUCAUUUUAAAGGUUUUGAGCACCAUACAAAAUUAUUUCUACUGCUCGCUAUAAGCAAUGUUUGAAUUUGGCGCAAACACCUAAAUGUCACGUUUUCAAUUCUGAUAGACUUGUCCUUAUAUUACAUAUUUCCCCGUAAUUUGGAAUUUUUACAUAGACGGAAGAUACUCAUUGAGAUAGAGAACAAGAAAGAGUGGUUCAGUCAAAAGAUAUCCUUUCAGUGAAAUAAAGUCUUACUUGUUUUUUAUGGUAAAAAAACAGUAUUUAGUUGGUUUUUUAAAACAGUUAACCAAUAGAGUUUUUUUCACAUGAUCUGACACUUAAGUGCUUUUUAACUGUAAAACCCUUUAUCGUUAUAAUUAGAUAAGUGAGUAUUUUAAAGAUUAUAAUGUACUACAAAGUGUUGUACAUGAAACUACAGUACAUAUAUUGUUAGUCAGGUAGGUUUAAAAAAGCCACUUAGUGAUUGGUGCACCUAAAUUUCAACCAGUAGGUCACAGGUUAGAACUUCACUCUACUUACUUCAGUUUAGGCUGAUAGGAGGAGGUAGUAUCACUAUCAUUGACGUAAACAAUGAGGCACAAUGCUGAAUGCAUAAGCUUGUACUUGGUAAGUUACACCCACUCAUGAUCUAAAUAGCUCUUAAAUUUAUUUAAAUCAUAAAUCUGUCUAUAUCAUAUUUAGUAAGGGUUUGAAUUAUCCCGUUGUUGAUGUUCAGGUCAGAAUAUUGACCAGUCUCUUUUGGGACAUGUGCAUCUAGAACUUUACCCCUUGGUGCAAUCAUUUUGUCUCAAGUUCCUGUAAAAUAUGUGGUUUGUGGCUAGUAAUAGAAUCCAGGAUGCGUUCCGUCUUUUUUUGGGCUCGUCGUUUAAAUGUGCCUGCAUCCCUGUGGUGAUGUUUACAUCAGGGUUCCAACUCAAUACUUUUCGUAUUAAACACCGUAUAGAUUAUCCACCUAGCUAAUGAGUGCAGAUAUCUACUGGCUUGUACAAUCGGUAUAAUGUUUAUAUCAUUUUAAUGAGGAAUUGAAUAUUACUACCAACCACAAUCCAUCUAUUUACAUGAUUUAUGCAUUAAUUCAUUCCUGUUAUUCCGCUAAUUAUUUAAUAAUACAAACUUAACAGUAAUCACUUGACUAUUUCUACACUGUUGUCACUCUCUCUCCCUUUAAAAGUUUCCUAAUCGUACUGUCAAUGAAUUAAUUCUAUUCUAUUAUCUUAAUAAACGCAAUCAACAAACAUUGCAUGAAAUGGGUUUAUACGGACCUAAAUGGUCUAGUUUGUAUAAACGUGGUUAUUUAAUCCCAGGCAUUUUACCACCACCGGAUACUGUCCCUGUAAAGACACUAACAAAUAAUCAUAAAGUUAGUUGUGUGCUGUUUUGUUGUUGUUAAUUAUUCUAGUUUUCGAUGUCUAUUUGUAUUGAUUGCUUGAUUCUUCCCGUUUAUAUGAUCAGCACUUUUUGGUGUAUGUGCAUCCUGUGAGAAUUACCCCAAUAAUGUCAUUAGGUUACAAGCAUUAUAAACAGAGUUGGAUGGUGGCUAGCAGUCGAAACUAGGAUUUACAUGCACCUCAGUGUUUAUGUUCACACUGAGACCCGAAUCCAGUACAUUUCACAUUAAACACCCACUGCGUUAUCCACUUAGCUAUUGAAUCCAGACAGGCACUUGCUUAUGCAGUUUAUUUUUGUUUGUUUUGCUUACAUGUGUUGCAUAUUUUCAUUGUUGUUACUUAAAAGGAUGUAAAUUUAAAUAUACCUAUUAAGUCGGUUUGGGUACUCAGGCAGUAUCAUAGCCCACACACGAAUCAAAUGACUUGUGUGCCGCAUAUGUAUUCGGUGCCCCUUUGUACCAAUAUUUAUGUGUUCAAAUAAAUAAAUAAAUAAUAAAUAGUAAGAAAUUUAUGCACAGAAGGAAUCAUUUUCAGCGAGUUUAUUUUCAAAAUGUAUAGUCCUAUAUCUGUAUAUGAUAAAUUGUAGAUCACUGAAUAAUUAUAUCAAUAUAGGGUAUUUAUUUAUUUAUUUAAACACAUAAAUAUUGGUACAAGGAGAUACCAUUUCAUUCGAUUUGUGUGAAGAAUAUGAUACUGCCCGGGCGCUGAAACUGAAGUAGGUGGUGUUCUUAGAAGGCCACUGUCUGAGCCUUAGACCUAGAGGUCCAAUCCACAAGGCAGUGGAGCAACUUUAGGAGAUGCACUUCCAUGGUAACCGGUGACCAACAAUCGGUUCGUACGCCUUUUGUCCCCUCGGGAUCCUGGAGCCCAAUAUGAACCAUUGGUUUAUAGUCAGGGUUUUCCAACUCCCUUACAUGAAUCCUCCGUACCUACCAACCUGGUUAAAGCGCCAAACAUUCGCUUCUCAUCCUCCCGACUUUGUACACAACGAUCCCGCCGUGAGAAGGCAGUGAGUAGGACUUCCCUGGCAGUGGUUGUAUGCUCGUAGCCACUUCAGAGCAUUUGGAGAAGGAGAGCUGACUCUCUUUACCCUUGACCGUACCAGGGCAUUUGGGGGUUACUUUAGUAUUGAUGUCAGCUAGUAUCAUGUACCAUUCAUACAAAAUGUAUUGCUUGAAGCUGAGUAGAAAAAUAUGCGCUUAGUAAGUGCAGAUGAAUAGAAACCGAAAAGUUGCUUAGAUUUCAAUAUAUUAUAGUUUUGUCAUAUACUUUAUUUUUAGUCAAUGAUAUUAUCGAUUCAUAUUAAAUAAAGUUGUUCAACCAUUUUUGUUUUAUUUAAAAUAUGAGUAAUUUUCACUGUCCUACAGUAAAUCAAAAUGAUGCGAACAGUGUUGUUUCGCAUUUUGUAUGCUAACAGAGAUUGGUCAGUUGCAUAUGUUAACUUAAAUAAUGUAAAACUACAAACGCUUGCAAAUAAGUUCAUUUCCGUUGAAUAAUUAGUGUCUAUCUGGACAUAGUAGCUCAUCGGAUAAAAUGUCGGAGUUUGAAGCAGGAUGUAUUAAGUUUGAGUCUCCGUAUGAUCAUCAUCGCCGAAAUCCAGAUACACUCAUCUGACAAGUGCGAAAUAGGACAAAAUAUGCUUUCACGACUGCACUGCUAGCUACAAUCUAGCUUUGCUAAGCACACUUGUUAGUUGUCUUUUUCGUGUGGAUCCUCCUCACCUUCAAAACACAUACUUGAAUAUCAAGCUUUAAGGAAUUUCUGAAAUCAUAUGUAACAACACUCAACAAUUAGAUGGUUCACAUUAAUCACAGUUUGCUAUUUUUAAGGUUGACCCCGUUCUUCUUUUGUAAGGAGGCAGUAUUGUUGUAGAUGUUGAUUAUCUGAAAGAAACACUACUGUCGUCACACUCUUCUACACAGUUAGGAGCAUGACUUCGCCCUCAGGUUAUGAGUUUGUUCCCUUCACUUUUACCUGUCUCUAACCGAUUUACCUAGCAUAUUAGGACUGAUCAGAAGUACUUUAACGAGGAGGUCAAUCGAUGGCAAUUAGAAGUGACUUAAAGGACAAGCGCAUCUCAUUGGCUAAGAAAUGGGUUAAUUUCCUAAGGAUUGAGUGGUAUGUACGUGGAUGAGUAUGUACACAUUUUAUUCGGUAGCCCAAUAAACUUUCUAGCUCACUCUUGUGUUCUUGCUCAAGUAGUCAUUGGGAGGUUAGCGCGUAGCACACCGUGCAUCAAUAUCAUACUUUGGACACCCUCUGUCAUAACAGGGACCCAAAGAAACAGGUCUUACAGUCACCGUAGCUCGAUUAGUCAUCACAGUAUUCAAGCCUGAUCACCGUUUCGGAGCAACAGCUAUGGUCAGGAUUGUUUACAUGAUGUCUGGGCAUAACAUUAGAAAAGGUGACCGUCGUUAUUUAGCACAUUUGAUCUACAGAUAAUUAGUUACCUUUUGUUUUGAAUAUUUCAUCUCAAUAGGUAGAGGAAUUCUUUGAAUUUCGAUAAAAAAUUCAGUUGAAUGGAUUCAUCUCACAUUUCUUUAUAUAUAUUCAUUCUACAUAGAAAUAUACUAUCGAUUUAGAUAUGAAUGAUCCAGUCGAUGCAGAAAUCAAGCGUUAUUUUGAUACUUUGCAUGAUUGUGUAUUGUUACCGGAAUCGGAAGAAUCAAAUCAAGACACCGAAACUGGCGGUGGUGGUGGUGGCACAUCAAGUAUGCAAUCGGAUUCCGAGGCAGAAGUGCGUACACCAUCUUCUUCCGCAGUAGCUGCCAAUAUUGAAGGGAGUGAACAAGUAUUAGACUAUGAACAGAAUAAAGUAAGAAAAGAUUCCAACGGACCUGGUCGUAGACACCGAAAACAAUAUGGUGCUGGCGGUAAAACUCGAUCUACCACUUCAGGAUUUAUUUUAUCCCAAUCAUCAUUAAAUUUAUUACCGGAUGAUUUUAAUCCAACAAAUCGAUUAUCUGUACGUAAACAUGCGCGUUUUGAAGAAGAGAUUGCAGCUGUAACAUCAGCCGCUAUAACUUCUAGUAAUAGUGGUCAGUUACGUGAGAACAACAAAAAGUUAGUUGAAAUACAUACUGGCAUUAAUCCUGGUGUACGUAGUUCCAGAAGAGGUAUAUUGUUUGCUACCACACCACAUACAAUAAGGUAUUAUUUGAAUAAUGUUUAAACAAAGUAAUAAAAAGUUUUUUAGGUUUUCAGUUCAUUUUUCCCUCUUUUAAUAGAUUAUAUCCUAACUGUUUGUAAUAGACAUACAAAAUAACAUAACUAGUGUAAUAACAAUAACAAUUUGUUAUUAAAUUCGAAAAAUUACAAUAUUUGUUUAAGAGUGUAGACUCAUCAUAUGCUUAGGAAAAUAUGUUUUCGAUUGGUUUAUAAGGCAAAGGAACAGUGAGUAAAUUGAACAUAUUUCACACCAUUGAAAAAGGUUAUUCUCUUAUUUUUAUCACUGAUUAGCUUUAUAAAUACGCGUCUUUUUUAUAGUAACCCAUUUGCUAACGCUUUUAUUACUGUGAGUAUUAUGGAUGUAUAGUUAUCAAUAUACUCUAAUAAUUUGGGAUUAACUACAGAGUAUGGCUACUUUUAGACAUUUUAUAAUUAGCCCAAGAAUAUUGAUUUUAUUCUAUUAUGUAACAGUAAUCUAAUAAUGAUAAUCUGUGUUUUAAUUUCUUGAAAUUUAAUUCUAAAACCCAUCAAUUGUUUAUAGUGAUGGUCAUUGAGUAACCUUUAUUAAAUUAAGGUUGAAAUGUAUUAUGAGUUCCAAACAAGUAUUAUGCGCAUUAAUUUGUUUAAAUUAUAAAAACACUAAACAAAAGAUAUAGCUUAACAAUUUGAGAAUGUAUUUAAAGAAAUUUACAAAGGCUAAUUCCAGCUGAAGAGGAAAUUAGGAAAAUAUGUGCUGGAGGUGGAUAAGACAUACAUUGCGGAAAUCAUCAGGUUGUAUCAUGAGGCAAGCACUAACUUGAAAUUUUGAAGGGAAAAUGAAAAUAGGAAAACCAAGGAACCAAGGAAUCGGAAACAUAUCAAAAGAAUGAAUAGCAGCUAGAAAGGAUUGCACAUUGACAAAGUUCGAUGGAGAAUACUGAUGGCCAGCUUAUGCUCCUUCACGAGGGGUAACAGGUGUAAGUAAGUAAGUAAAAAAGCUAAUGCAACAGAAUUUUACAUUCAUUCCUAAAGCACAGUUUACGACUUUUUGGAGAUCUGAUUGAGAAUAUCAAGAACUUCAAUAUUCAUCCAAUGUUAUUGUGCAAUUAAAUAUUGCUAAUUUUUUCAUUUGAACACAUGCGAUUAAGUCCGUGCGAAAUUGAUACAUAUCUAUACUAAAUCUUAAGCUGCUUAUAUCGGUCCAUCGGUCUCUUAAGUGAGAAUAUUAUCCUAUUAGCUUAUUAUUAUAACGGUACUGGGUUCGGGUCCCAGAGUGAAUAUCAGGAUUCAGGUAAAUCCAGCUGACGAGUCCUAAAUAGGAAGGAACGCGCGUUCUGGAUUCCAUUGCUAGCCACCAUCCAUGUUUGCUUAUAAUAAUAAUAAUAAUGACAAUAUUAUUAUUAUUACUAUUAUUAUUAUUAUUAUUAUUAUUAUUAUUAUUAUUAUUAUUAUUAUUAUUAUUAACCCUUUGGUGCUCAUCACGUAUGUAUUGUCUUUCCAUUUUCCCUCUUUCAACUGCCUUUCAUAAUUCUUUUUUUUUUUUAAAAAAAACCCAAUCUAUCUACAGACCAGCAUUACCUUCUGGAGUAUAUCAUUCACAUAGACAAUUUCUUCGAGUAUGUUAUUACACAGCUGACCAAUAUAAUCAAGAAAUCGAUCAAUUGAAUAGUACAUUACAGACAUUAUGUAAACAGGUCGAUGAUGGGAAUGAGGUAAAUGUAUAAAAUUGUUAAUUUUUUUAUGAUUACCUUGAAUUUGUUAAAUGUUGGAGGUUAUAGACUGUAAUUAAUAUACACUAUCCUUAGUUAAGCUAUUUUACACGAUCCUAUCAAAUGCGGUGAAAUAUUGGUUUUGGUGAAAUGACCCAUGUAUUUAACUUAACAACACAGAUCAAUUUUAUCUUCUGUUUUUCUAUACUUUCAGCCUCUGAUUUAUCAUUCAUAUCGUUGCACCAAAUAUUCUAAGUGGGUUAUGCCUAGACUUAUGUUAUUUUGAUAUGUUGAAUAUCAUGUUGAAGUAAAAAUAAUUCUGAACUAUAUAAUCAUAGUAAAUAGAAUGUGUUCUAGAUGGAGAGAAAGAAAAGUGUAGCACAAAUUACAUAUUCAUCAUUCUGUUUAAAGACUUUUUACUAGCUGGAAAGUAAGCAGCUCAAAUUUACGUGACAAUAAGUCAGAAAUAUGCCACGUUCUUCUAUACCAUGAUUGAAGCUGGUGUAUAUUUAUAUGUAUAGAAUUUAACUGAAUAGUAUAAGGAAAUAGGAUUCGACGUUUCCAACAACCGGCUAAUUUAUUUCUAAUUGUAAACUGAGUCAUGGACAACUAAAUGUUUUAAACGCUCUCAGUUUAGGAGAAUUUAUUGUAUCUUCAUUGUAUCCACUGGAAUAUAUAUUGCUUACAUCUUAUAAUGUGUAAUAUAUUCAUAGCACUAAUCGUUUGUUCCUUCAUAAGUCUAGUGUGAUUUCAUUUAAAUUUAUUCAUAUUAGUUUUGUGUAGAUACUUCCUUCUUGAUAUGUCUAACUUUGUGUUUGAUUUAUUUAAAGCUCGCUCAACGAGAAACUCAACUCCUGAAUGGUAUCACUUCGUUACGACCUCCUUCACUGCCUAUUGAUCCGUAUUGGAGUCCAGUGGAUAUACAACUCGCUUGUCAUGCUAUCGGUAAAUUAGGACGUGAUUAUGAAGGUAUCGCUGAGUGUUUAUUAAAUAAAACUCCAAGUAUGGUAGCCACAUUAAUAGAAACUCAUGGACAACACUUGAAUUUGAAUCAAUUAGCAUCAAUGGCUCCAAUUAUCAUACUUUAAUAAUAUUUUUUUGACAUACAUUUAUGUAAAUACUUCAUUUAUAGAUAAUAAUAAAAAACAACUAGUUGUCCAGUUCCUGUAAAUGUUUAUCGUGUUUUCUUUGUUGCUGUUGUUGUUGUCAUUCCAGAUUCUGCUUCCUUUCUUUUCCCCUGUAAUCCAACGAUUAUUGUAUAUUUUUUUUCUUAACUUUAUGCAUUUUGUUAAUAAUGUUGUUUCUCUGUGAAUAGAAUUCUCUUUCCAGAGUUUCUCGCCGUUUUUUUCCUUCUUUGGUUUGCAUCCAUAUCAUUCUAUGCAAAGUGUUUCAUCUUUUGGCUUAUGUUACUUGUUUUUAACUUAAAUAUAUACACACACAUAUGCACACACAUACGCAUAAAUACAUGUAUUCAUCGUUGAGUCUGUUCUCUUAAUUACAUUGUUCUAUAUUUGUUUUGGGUUUCUUUAAAUAAGUUCUCAAAAAAGGAUAAUUAGUUAGUGAUAAUUUCUUAGAAAUUUUAAAGAAUAUUGUUAUAUAUUUUUUGUAAUAACAAUUUGUAACAGUUGA